CCCUAGCUGCGUGCAGUUUGAAUGUACCUGGAGCUUCCCACUCAGAGGGGCUCAGCGACCUCAAGUUUUCCAAACUGGAGCGAAGGCGGAGAGAUUCCAGGGCUCGGAAAACCAUGGCUGCUAAUAAAGGAAUGGCCAUAGGCAUCGACCUGGGCACCACCUACUCGUGCGUGGGCGUGUUCCAGCACGGCAAGGUGGAGAUCAUCGCCAACGACCAGGGCAACCGCACGACCCCCAGCUACGUGGCCUUCACCGACACCGAGCGGCUGAUCGGCGACGCGGCCAAGAACCAGGUGGCCAUGAACCCACAGAACACCGUGUUUGAUGCCAAGCGUCUGAUUGGCAGGAAGUUUAACGAUCCUGUUGUGCAGUCGGACAUGAAGCUUUGGCCAUUUCAAGUGAUCAACGAAGGGGGCAAGCCCAAGGUGCUGGUGUCCUACAAAGGGGAGAAGAAAGCCUUCUACCCCGAGGAGAUCUCGUCGAUGGUGCUGACGAAGAUGAAGGAGACUGCAGAGGCUUUCCUGGGCCACAAUGUCACCAAUGCUGUCAUCACGGUGCCCGCCUACUUCAACGACUCGCAGCGGCAGGCCACCAAGGACGCGGGCGUGAUCGCGGGUCUGAACGUGCUGCGCAUCAUCAACGAGCCCACAGCUGCUGCCAUUGCCUAUGGCUUGGAUAAAGGAAGUCAUGGAGAGCGGCACGUGCUCAUCUUCGACCUGGGGGGCGGCACGUUCGACGUGUCCAUCCUGACUAUCGACGACGGCAUCUUCGAGGUGAAGGCCACGGCGGGCGACACGCACCUGGGCGGGGAGGACUUCGACAACCGGCUGGUGAGCCACUUCGUGGAGGAGUUCAAGAGGAAGCACAAGAAGGACAUCAGCCAGAACAAGCGCGCCGUGCGGCGGCUGCGCACUGCCUGCGAGCGCGCCAAGAGGACCCUGUCGUCCAGCACGCAGGCCAACCUGGAGAUCGACUCGCUGUUCGAGGGCAUCGACUUCUACACGUCCAUCACCAGAGCACGGUUUGAAGAGUUGUGUGCAGAUCUCUUUAGAGGCACCCUGGAGCCUGUAGAGAAGUCUCUUCGGGACGCCAAGAUGGACAAGGCUAAAAUCCACGACAUUGUUCUCGUGGGCGGCUCGACGCGCAUCCCCAAGGUGCAGAAGCUGCUUCAAGACUACUUUAAUGGGCGGGAUCUCAACAAAAGCAUCAAUCCCGAUGAGGCGGUGGCCUACGGAGCAGCAGUCCAGGCAGCUAUUUUAAUGGGUGAUAAAUCUGAAAAAGUACAAGAUUUGCUUUUGUUGGACGUGGCGCCGCUGUCGCUGGGCCUGGAGACAGCGGGCGGCGUGAUGACGGCGCUCAUCAAGCGCAACUCCACCAUCCCCACCAAGCAGACGCAGACCUUCACCACCUACUCGGACAACCAGCCCGGGGUGCUGAUCCAGGUGUACGAGGGCGAGAGGGCCAUGACGCGCGACAACAACCUGCUGGGGCGCUUCGACCUGACUGGAAUACCUCCUGCACCUAGGGGCGUGCCGCAGAUCGAGGUGACCUUCGACAUCGAUGCCAAUGGAAUUCUCAACGUCACCGCCAUGGACAAGAGCACGGGCAAGGCCAACAAGAUCACCAUCACCAACGACAAGGGCCGGCUGAGCAAGGAGGAGAUCGAGCGCAUGGUGCAGGAGGCCGAGAAAUACAAAGCUGAGGAUGAGGGCCAGAGAGAGAAAAUUGCUGCCAAGAACGCCCUAGAAUCCUAUGCCUUUAACAUGAAGAGCGCCGUGAGUGACGAGGGUCUGAAGGACAAGAUAAGCGAGUCCGAUAAGAAGAAAAUUCUGGAUAAAUGCAACGAGGUCCUUUCCUGGCUGGAGGCCAACCAACUAGCGGAGAAGGAGGAGCUGGAUCACAAGAGAAAAGAACUGGAGAACAUGUGUAACCCUAUCAUCACCAAACUCUACCAGGGAGGGUGCACAGGGCCCACCUGCGCGCCGGGGUACACGCCGGGCAGAGCCGCCACUGGCCCGACCAUCGAGGAAGUAGAUUAGCCGUUUCUGGGACUACAGGGUGCAAGGGCGCCUCCAGGUGAAGUUUAUUCAUCUCCCAACAUCACCUCGAUUGAUUCCUGAACAGGCUGGACUCGCGCCUAAGUCACCAUCCUUUGGGACGCUGACGGAGAAGUCUGUAUUCCAUCUUCUCAAGCCCCCACCCUCUCGGCGACGAUCCUGAAAUGGACCUUUAGGAGAACAAGGCCCCUCUGAACCAUUUGAAGAAUUUGGAUGUCUGUUAUUUAUCGGCCACAUCCCAUCUUUCUCCUUCCUGUGUGGAUGGUUGUCUCUCAGUAAAUUGAUCCCAAAGGAAGUAACUUCUGACUUUUUUUUUAC